AUGCAAUUCGCUGCGGUCGAUCAAGAAUGCUCCAAUCGGCGAACGGCGGUGACCACCCGCAACCGCCUGGGCAACGGAAACUCGCACAGCGGAGCUUUAUCGCAAAACAAACGGCUAUGGUUCAAAAUCCGUCGGGAAUUGAGCGGACGCCUGGAGAGCCGCAACGGAUACAGUCGGAGUUUGGUGUACAGCGUCCAUAGCGCCGACUGUCUGCUUUCAUACCUCGGCCUGCGACGACCUCGUGCAGUUCCAAUGACACAAUUCUGGCGAAUGCGCUCGUCGAAUGGUACAUGCACCGGAUUUGGUGGCUCGUCAUAG